GGUGGCAGGACCCAGUGCAUCCAAGAAGUCUGCCCCAUUCUCUCAUGUCCCCAGCACCUUAGUCACAUUCCCCCCAAAUGCUUAGGACAGAGGAAAGUGUUUGACCUCCCAUUUGGAAGCUGCCUCUUUCACAGCAACGUGUACGAUAAUGGGUCCUCAUUUAUUUAUGACAACUGCACAAUGUGUAUGUGCAAGGAUUCAACAGUGAUAUGUAAGAAGAGGUGCUUACUUCCUGGUGAAUGCAAUAAAAACAAAGACCACUGCUGCAAGGAGUGUGUCUCAUAUAUCUCUCCUGAGGAAGUGAAAGUGUGCAAAUUUAGCAAUAAGAUCUUCCAGGAUGGAGAGAUGUGGUCCUCUGUGAACUGCACCAUCUGUGCUUGUGUGAAAGGCAAGACGGAGUGUCGCAAGAAACAGUGCAUUCCAGUCAGCAGCUGUCCUCAUGGUAAAAUCCUGAACAGAAAAGGAUGCUGUCCUAUUUGCACUGAAAAGCCUGGAGUUUGCACUGUAUUUGGAGACCCUCACUACAACACUUUUGAUGGACGGACAUUUAACUUUCAGGGAACAUGUCAGUACGUUUUGACAAAAGACUGCUCCUCCUCUGCCUCGCCCUUCCAGGUGCUGGUAAAAAACGAUGCCCGUCGGACCCGUUCUUUCUCCUGGACAAAGUCAGUGGACCUUGUGUUGGGCAGAAGCACUAUCAGCCUCCAUCAGCACCUCACUGUGAAGUGGAAUGGGACCCGCAUCUCACUACCUUGCGAGACACCGCAAUUUCAGAUCAAUUUGGAUGGUUAUUUGCUGAAAGUGACAACCAAAGCAG